AUGCCGUUGCGCAAAGAGCCGCCAACGCCUCGUUCAGCUGCGGUCGAUGCUCGUCUCGACAGCUCCAACCAUGCAGGCCCGUCUCGGUUAGGCCUGGCACCAUUGAUUCCCUUCAAGCCGGGACAGACGUCACUGCGCAAGCAAACCAUCCUGACGGAAGACGAGUACACUUCGGCGCUGUCCUCGAUCAUCAAGCGCGAUUUCUUUCCGGGACUCGAUAGGAUCACGGCGGAGAACGAGUAUUUGGCUGCGGUGGAAGCGGAAGAUCCGACGAGGAUUCGUGUGGCGCUCAAUCGGCUGCUGACGCUGGACAAGGGGACGGAGGCUAGUCCGGCUCCAGAGCGGGACAGCAAGCAGAGGAGGAGGGAUGCGACACACACAACAUCUAGCAGGAGAAGAGAGAGAGGAGAGUGGGAUGAUACACCUCUGGCCUCUGGCUCCUCGAGGGUGUUCGAUCCGACGUUCACGCCUGCUGGCUCAACGCCUGGACUCAGCGAUGUCGGAGAAGCCGGGAGAGAAGACGACGUUGAAUCUGCUUCGGGAAUCGAUCCAGAUCUCGGCAUCUCGUUAGCCGGUUUCCAGGCGCGGUAUACCUCGGAAGACAAUGCGAGCUUCUCACAGCUGCUCGACAGGGACAACCAGCUGCGUAAACGCAAACAUGCCCAUCUGUUCGCACGCGAACAGGCAUCCGAGCAGCGACGCAAACAGAUCAUCGCUUCAGAGCAACUCGCUGCAGCGAAAGGCAAGCAGCUGGCAAUCGAAUCGAACCCGGAUCAUCCAAAACUGCUCGAAGAGGCGAAAGAACAGCUUCUCAUCGGAGGUAGUAAAGACGACUCUCCUCAAAGUUUGGGAGCAACAGGACAGGAGAUGCUUGAGACGAAAGGCAGCACGGAUCCGAUGGACGACCUCAUCCUCGUCCCUGAGCCAAGGCGAGACGACCGACCCACAUCGACCGGUCUCAAUCGAUGGAAGUAUACGGCACGCAACGCGCUCAUGUUCCCACCCGACGCCAACGAGUCGUACCUCCAUGCUCGACCAUCCGCCUCCACCUUCAGCACCGAGAUCACUCCGGCAGCAGCACCAGAAACCAACUUUUCCGCUCUUCGUCUGCCCGAGCAAUCAGAUGCUCUCACCACAGCCGACAGACCGGAGAGCGAAGCCGGCUGGUCACCCUCCAGCUCCCGUGUCGACGCAGCGAUCCAACGCGGCCGAGCCGGAUCCUUCACCUCGUCCAUCGCUUCCAGCAGCGUCGACGAGACGCCCAAAGUCAGCGGCUAUGGCUUUGUAACCCCUUACUCUACUCCUCAGCACGCUGUCGCGGACGAAAUGCACCUACGCAUCUACAACGCGAUCAAGGGCAAGCGCGAUGCAACUCAAGCCUCUACCGGGGUGGAGGGGUUUCAGCUUCCGCGGUUGGACAAGCGAGAGCAGCUGGCGCAGAAGCUGACCUCCACGCCAAAGAAAGCGAAUGCAGGUACGACGCCGUAUGGGCAGGCGAGAUAA